AUGGGGUAUAGAUGUCAAGUGGUGGAUGUUGAGGGGAUCCUCUAUCGAGGCUCUAUCCCUGUCAGACGAAACUUUAGAUUCUUGAACCGACUCAAGAUCAAAACUCUCCUGGUGCUUCGUGAAAAACCACUCAAGGAACAACAUGAAUGUUCCCUUUGGUCCAAACGGAAUGGAGUGGUGGUCAUAUGGAUCAAAGCGGAACAGGCAGGUGAGGAACGUUUAGGAAUAGGGAAAAAAGAAGUGGAAGAUGUUUUGAAGGUCGUGUUGGACACAAAGAUGUAUCCUCUCUAUUUAGCUGAUGUGGAUGGGGUUUCACAUACAACACCAGUGGUGGGUUGUUUACGCAAGUUGCAAGGAUGGGCAAUGGAGGGUAUACUUUCAGAGAUGGAGAGAUACGAACCUUCCUUAUCAGAUUUACCAUUAGAAACAUUCAUCAACAAUUUCGGUAAUUCAGACAAUCCCUUCCUUCUUCCUCCUCCUCCUUAUCCUCUCUGGCUUUGGCCUUGGCCAAUUUCACCUCUUCUCCCAUCUACAUCAUCUUUUCUAUCAAGUUCACCUGGUCCCUCCACUCUCUCCCAACUUACCUCAUCUGCUCACCCUCCUGAACUUCCACAAUCCCCUCAAUCUCAAUCAACUCAAACCAUAACCAAACCUCUGUCCCCGCAAAAAGAACGAGGUGCGCCAUUAAGUCGUACGAACACACUUUCUUCCCCUGUGAAAAUCCGUGAGAAAUCAUCAUACACACCUCCAUCAAGUCAAUUGAUCAAUCGUGAGACUUUCAAUUCGCCUCAAGAUAUGCGAGAUUUUACAGAUCGACCAUCUGGUCUACCUUCACCCAAUCCAAGAGAUAAACAAUACUCUAUUCCGAUCUCUCGACAACCUACUUCAAACACGACCCGAGAUCGUCAACUCAUGUCUCCUCCUCAGAUCAUUUCACGAGAACGUCAACCUUCCAACGUGGUUCAAAUUAACAAAGAUGGCGUAAAAUUUCGAGAGCGUCAAUCUCAACUUUCAAGUCCUUCACCUAAUGUCUCUUCACCCCCAUCAUCAAGCCCAUCUCUGGUGAUAAGAGGUGUUCCAUUUCCUCAUCCACUAUCGAGUAGACGACAUCCAAGUAUGAAAUUGAUUUUCCCUUCCCUUCCUCCUCCUACAUCUCCUGUUGUUCCUCCUUCAACGACCAUGUCCCCUUCUUUGACUUCCUCACCGAUUAUUCAACCGACUCCACCGACUUCAUCCACAUCUACACAUCAAACUAUGAACACUUCCGUCGGACCAAAUCUGAGCCGGGUUAGUUCAAGAAGAAUGGGGGUGGACAAUAUUCAUACACCCGAAACGGGGCAGAUGCAACACGAUCCUUCAACGUCGAAUCGCCAUCAAUUUCAAAAUUUGAGUCGUACCACUUCUCACGAAGAAUCUAUAGAUCUCAGUCAAUUGGAUGGCAUCGAGACUCGAAGAAACUCUCAUCUUCAAUCUCAAACCCUUCCACCCCAAAACUCCUCCCGAAUACCCUCGUCACACCCGUCAACAGGACAAGAGCAUAAAAUGGCAGUACCUGAAACUGAAACUGAUUCAGUAGAAGGGAUGCCAAGUCUUUUAGCUGCCGCUACUGCAAUCGUCCACUCUAUCGAACCUUUGACCGUAACAUCGAGCCCGAAGGCGGAAUCAACCCAGGAAUACACCUCGAAGGAAGAUUCGAAGGAUGUCAGCCAUUUACAGAUAGAAGGUCCCAUACCGAUGUCAGUGCGAGGAGAGGAAGAGUCAAACCCGAAGAUUAUUUCGGAUCUCGAUAUGACCUCACCCCUGACUCGACCAAAGACUCACACUCACACUCACACUUACGAUUCAACCUCCUCGUCGGUCAACCCUGACGAAGAUAUUGUCCACACAGAUAACAUGGUAGAUGGUCAAGGUUCACACGAUAAAGUCGAACCACCAACGAACGUACAAGAAGCAGAUCAAGUUUCACAAGAAGUCGCACCAAUUCUCAUCCCAGAUCAAAUAUAUCCAAUAACACGUAUCAUCACACGAACUUCGAGUAUCUUAUCAAAAACCACAUCGAGUGAAAAUGAGCAUCCCGAACAAUCUGAUAUGCGACAUAUUCAACAGAAUGAUGAUUCGAAUAAUGUUUUUUCAUCUAAUUCUUCAGAUGAAUUAUCUUCAAGUGAAGAAGGGAUGGAAAUUUCUUCUUCUGACUUGAAUGAGGAAUUGGAUGAGAUAGCGGAGGAUAUUUUUGAUCCUGAUUUUAUCCAUGAGGUGGAUGAGGAGGAACUUUCUUCUUCUGAUCUUGUCCAAGAGGUGGAGCAAGGGGAGAUGUCUACUUCUGAUAUUGUCAAUGAGGUGGAAGAGGAGCAAAAUUCUCAUAUCAAAAUGGAGGAUAUAGAAUUUGAUAAUACGAAGAAAAUGAGAGAUGUCGACUUGAAUAAGGUUGAUACACCUGGAGGUGAGGAUGAAGGACUAGAACCAGAAAUAGAAGGAGAAGCAGACAGUGAUCCAGAACUAGAUGGAGAGGAUGCAAAUGAAGUUGCAAAGAUCAAGGUGAUUGAAUCGCAAGAUAUAAGUGCACUCGAUUUAGCAGGUAUGUAA